CAUCGUAUGAUCGCGACAUAUAAAUACGCGGCGCUCCCCACCUCCGACAAAACAUCAAAUCUCUCCGUUGCGUGAGGUUGUUCGUGUGUCCGAGGCCAUCCGUCAGUCGCGUCGUUUCGUAAGCCGCGCUUGCAAACGUCAAUUUCACAGUGACAUCAAUAAGAUUAGACUAGUGUGUUCAGUGAUAUUUAAAGCUGUUAAAUAACACCAGAAAAUGUCUUUCAACACCGACAUUUCCACCAAAUUGGAGAACAGCAGAAACACCCUGCGUAAAAUCGCCAGGCAUGACGGCACCGAUUUCUCAAAACAGAGCAUACUCCAUGACAUGGAUAAAUUCGUCAAAAUGGUGAACACCAUGGAUGAGACCGUGCUCGUGCCCAGCCGCCUUAUGAACCUGCCGCAAGAUGGAGAAGAUGAUCCAUUCAACAUGUUCGCCAUGUUGAACGACUUGAAGACUGAACUCUUGUGGUCCAGUGGCGACACAGAGGAGAUUGGGGAGAGGGGCAGACGGGUGUCUGACAUCAGCGACACAGAGAGCGAUGCUUCCAGUGCCGCUGGCGACUCUGGUAUCGAGGGCGAGGACGAGAGGGAGUCGGCCGCGCGGGCCGCCGCUGCGUGCCGCCGUCACCUCCGAGGCUUGCGCCACUCGCUCCGUCAGCUCACAGCCGCCGCCGCGCAACUCACGAGGUCAUAUCAAGAAGAAGUAGGUGCACCCGUCUAGAAGAAAUCUACUUUAUUUUAUUUUUCUGUGAUUAAAGCCUGUACCCCGCACGCUGUAUAUAUAGGAUUAUCAGCCCUCUCUGUACAUAUAGGUUAUUAUGGCUGACCGUGUUUGGGUUUUUUCUCAAUAAGUUAGGAAAUGAGGUUAUUUAAUUAAAUUUGAUUUUCAUUA